AUGGAGCAAAACAGACCGGAACAAAAAUCUGAUGAAAACACCACGAGUGGAGGUCAUGUCGAAACCUCUUCGGUACCCGCUGAACACUUCGAGGAAAGAGCCGUCAAAGUUGCAAUCUCCUCCUCGGCCAGUGUUGCUGCCGGCGAAGAAGCCCUGGACUCAGAUAAAAUUGCACUCUUAGAUCGUGUUUCUCAAUUCUUAACAAGUCAUCCAGAAAAAGCUGAAAUGUUCCUCGACCUUUUAAAAAAAAUGAAUUUGUACAUUGAAGCAAACUUUGUGCCCGGAAAAACAUUUGACACUGCAAAAAUGUUUCUGUAUUUGCAAGAAGCGGCGAUCUCGGCAAGACGCGAAAAGUUGGACAUGGAAAAGGAAAAUCAGAAAUCGUAA